CCCAAAAUGUUUGAAAACUCACUAUUGAUUAUCAAACCGGAUUACAUGCACAAGCGGCGGCCAGUGCUCCUCAAGCUGCUGUCCGAGGGUUUCCAGCUGCAGGGCAAUCGCAAGCUGUCUUUUUCUCCAGAACUAGCUGCCGAGUUUUAUGCGGACUUUGCCGAUGAGAAGGGCUUCAUGCUGGAGGUGAUUCUGCUCUCCAAAGGCGUCUCAGAGGCCUUUAUUGUGACCAAAGAGAAUGGCGUGCAGGAUCUGCUGAACAUCAUGAUUUGUUACUUCGGUUCUUGCUCGGAACUGGAGCGGAAUAUUCAUGUCACCAAAAAUAGCAGCUGCGUGGCUCGCGAGAUUAACUUUAUAUUUCCAAAUUACAUCCAUGAGCCCCAUCAGAUGUUCGAUCGGAAAAACUUCUGCACUCGCCCGAUGCUAAAGCCUCUGCUCGAUGAGAUCUAUGAUAUACUCCAAAACGAGGAUUGCAGCCAGGAAAACUGGAAAGUUCGCGUCUCCGACUAUUUGGUGCGCAGCAAUCCCACGGUGCCGCAGGUCACCAACCAGUGUCAAUUGAGCCCGAAAACAGGCAUCCAGGAGAAAUCACAGCAAACAAGCAUGACCUAUGCCCCCAAACCAAGUGUUGCGGGUGUGCCGCCCCGCGCCAAGAAGACCGAGAGCACCAGCUCUCCCCUGUCGUCCACCUCACCGCACUCCUCCAUGCUGCUGUCAAGCUCGUCGUGUGUCACCUGCGGAGGAUUUGAGAGGUCGGAGCCCUGUAUCGAGGAACUGGAUCUCAACAAGCGCGUGGAGCCGCAUGACGCCGAAGAGGUCUGUGUGGAUGAGGAGAUUCUCUGGCGGGAGGUGGUUGUGUAUGAGGAGAUUCAGCCCGAAGAGGAGCAAGAGUCCAGAGAGGGACAAGACGUUGAACUCGAAGGUGAAGGUGAGGGCGGGCCUAGUGUGUCGGAUGUGGAGUCGGACCAAAGUGUCGAACCUCCACCACCGCCAGCAAAAGAUGAAGAGUCCAGCGAAGAGGCUGCUCCACCAGCAGCUGCUGAAGAACCAGCUCCACCGGCAGCUGUUGAAGAAGCCGCACCACCGCCAGCUGCUGCACCACCGCCAGCUCCUGAACCAGAGCCAGCUCCUGAACCACAGCCAGCUCCUCAAGAAGCUCCGCAGCCGGCAGAGGCUGAGGCUCCUGUUGUCGAAGAGGUUCCUCCCGCCGAAGAGGCUCCUGCUACCGAAGAGGCUCCUCCCGCCGAAGAGGCUCCUGCUGCCCAAGAAGCUCCAGCCGAAUAAGCUUAUUUGACCUUUGCACCUGUUGCCACACACCGUUUGUUUGUUUAUUGAAGCAUAGAAAAAAAUGAGCCCCAAAUUCGCGCAA